CCAAAAUGGGGCGAUUUUUGGCAAAUUUGUGCAUGAUUUUAUGUUUUCUGAGUCUUCUGCUCAUCAUAUCAAUGGCAGAGACUAGAACGGGCAGGACUGAGUUCCAGAAACAACAGGAAGCUAAGAUUGAAGAAUCUGAGCUAACUGCUGAUCCUAUCAUCGGAGGCCCUAAUUCUAAAUAACGCUAAGGUCAUUUUCAUUCAACUCAGAAAGCUCAAGCGAGACAGAAUUAAGUAAAAGAGAUGAUGAAGAGAUCAUCAAAGAUAUUCAAGAACUGUUGAUUACCGGAUCAGUCCUCACAAAUGUCUUUAAAGUUGACCCAUACAGAGCAGCUAUUGUAGUCAAUGAUGACGAGUCAGCCUUGAUUGCUAUCGAAGCUCUAGCAGCGAUGCGAGAGGUUUUAGCUGUAGAAUAUAACAAUAAGCGUAUUUUCGGUGAUUUUUGCACCAAAAAGGAACAAAGAAGGUACCUCAAAAGUUUGAGAAAACAAGUGGAGUACAUCAAAAAUGAGAAGCCUAAGGUUUUACCUCCCACUCCUGAACAUACAGAGGAUCUGUAGUCAUGGAUACAUACCCUCCUAAUCUUUCAAUAUCGGGCAGGUUC